AUGAGGUUUCUUAUUCUUUUCUUCCUCGCAAUAUGUGCGAUAUUUAGUAGCUGCCCAGUUGACUACGGGGUAAAUGGAACCAAUCAAUCUGCUGGUUCUUCUGAAGGUGGCCGUUCGGGACAAGAUUCUUCAUCUUCUUCAUCUUCUUCAUCUUCUUCAUCUUCUUCAACUUCUUCAGCUCCCCCAACCCCCACAACUACUCCAACUCCUACAACUCCUCCAGGUGGAGAUGGAGUUGCUGGUAACCCCCCUGGGAGUGGUACAUCUCAAACUGGAGAACAAGUAACGAGUACAAGGACCCAAAACCAUCAAGAAUCAAACAAUGAAACUUUAGAAUCAGAGAUGGAUAUUAUAGAAUUAGAUGAUGAAGAUGAAGUAACUACAAAAGCUCCUAUAGUUCCUGCUAAUGUUGUUGAGCCUAAUCCAAAUGAAGAUAAGGAAAAUAAAAUUCUAAUAACAUCUGCUUUGUUGAAAAAUCAAAGUGGAGUGAAGGUCACAGGACCAUGUAAUGCCGAUUUUCAAUUGUUCCUUGUUCCGCAUAUCAUCAUCCAUGUUGAAUCAGCAAAAGACCACAUUGAGCUGAGAUCAAAAUGGGAUGAAGUAGAAAAUAAAAAGCAGCCAAAAACUAAAGACCGAUCACGCACAGAAUUAAAAAGAGGCAUAGAUUUUAAACAAGAGAAUGAAAGUUUAGAGAAUAACUGUGCCAAUGGAAAAACGUUCAAAUUUGUUUUGUAUGUCCACGAGGAUCAGUUAACCAUUAAGUGGAAGGUCUAUGACAAUUCUUCCACAGUAACAGAUAAUAAAACGGUUGAUAUUAGAAAAUAUCUACUCAAAAAUUUAAGCAGACCAAUCACGACAAUACAUAUACACAGUUCUAGUAUAAAUAAGACCACGUUAUUACUCGAGAGCAAAAGUUACACCUUGGGAAAGAACAUCCCAGAACAAUGUGACGCUAUAGCAACCAAUUGCUUCCUCAAUGGAGUAUUAGACGUGGAAAAAUGCUAUCAUUGCACUUUGCUGGUUGAGAAUAAAGACCCUUCCAAUGUAUGUUUUAAGUAUGCAUCUGAGGAUAUAAAAGAAAAGUUUAACGAAAUAAAAGUUAACGCACAAGAUGAUGAAGAGUCUGAUGAAUACAAACUUGUUCAAUUCGUUGAGGAUAUUCUAAAAGGGAUAUAUAAAAUGGAUGAAAAUGGAAAUAAGAAACUAAUUAAUGAGGAUGAAUUAAAUGAAACCUUGAAAGAGCAAUUGACAAAUUAUUGCCAAUUUCUCAAAGAGGUAGAUACAAGUGGUACCUUGCAAGUUCACCAAUUAGGAAUUGAAACAGACAUAUUUAAUAAUCUUGUAAAACUUUUACAAAAAAAUACUGAUGAAAAAUAUUUCACAUUACAAACGAAACUCAAAAAUCCUGCUAUAUGUAUGAAAAGUGUAGAUAACUGGAUAACAAAUAAAGUAGGGUUAGUAUUACCUGAAUUGGAAUACAACAAUUCUGGGCAUGUAGAACAUUUAGGGGAAAAUGAAAAACAUGAAAAAUAUGCAAAUAUGGGAAAUACAAACGACUCUACAUAUGAGGAAAGUUUUGAUGGGGUUCUAGAAUUACCCUCGAGUGGCAGUAACAAUGAGCAUACAUCUGCUUAUUCUGACAACAUGUACUGUAACGAGGAAUACUGUGAUAGAUGGAAGGAUAAAGAUGGAUGUCUAGCUAAAAUUGAGGCAGAAGAUCAGGGAGAGUGCGCUACUUCCUGGAUAUUCGCAUCGAAGCUACAUUUAGAAAGUAUCAAAUGCAUGAAGGGAUAUGACCACGUUCCUACUUCUGCCUUAUACAUGGCUAACUGUUCGCAAAAAGAGGGUGAUGCAAAAUGCCACUCUGCAUCUAACCCAUUGGAAUUUUUGAACAUUCUUGAUGGUGAUCAAUUCUUACCAUCUGCAUCUGACAUGCCAUAUUCGUACAAGCUGGUUGGCGAUGUCUGUCCCAAACCGAAGCAUCACUGGACGAAUCUGUGGAAUAAAAUCAAAUUGUUAAAUCAUGAGAAUGUUCCAAAUUCUGUAGGAACAAAGGGAUAUACCGCUUACCAAAGUGCACAGUUUAAAGACAAAAUGGACGAAUUUAUCAAAAUUGUAAAAUCUGAAAUCAUGAAAAAAGGUUCAGUCAUCGCGUAUGUGAAGACUAACCAAGUGAUGGGUUACGACAUUAAUGGUAAAGUGGUUCACGACAUUUGCGGUGGUGAAAUGCCUGACCUUGCUGUGAAUAUAAUCGGCUAUGGAAACUACAUAAACGCAGAGGGAGUGAAAAAAUCAUACUGGCUUCUACGAAAUAGUUGGGGAAAAUCCUGGGGAGACAAAGGAAACUUCAAAGUAGACAUGCAUACACCUGCAGACUGCCAACACAAUUUCAUCCACUCUUCCGCUUUCUUCAAUUUGGACAUGCCAGUGGCUAACCAAUACUCAAAGAAGGAACCAGAAUUGAACAAUUACUAUUUGAAGAGUUCUCCAGAUUUAUUCAGCAACGUUUACUAUAAGAAAUUUAAGGCACAACCUGGUGAUGUUACCGAAGGGGUGAAAUCUUUCUCCGGCAAUGCAAAGCUGUACGGUUCAGAUACAGAAGAAAAUACAGAAUUAGUAUCGGGUCAAGCAGAUGUAAAUCUUGGAAGUGCAGGUACUCAGGAACAAAAAACGGAGGAAUUGUCUCCUGUUGCACCGGGAGUAGAAGCAUCAUCAGAGACAAUCACUCCACCAGCACAAACCAAUUUGAAUGGGGAUGCAUCAUCAGGACAAGUAGGAGGAGAUACAGAUUCAGCAGUGGGAACACCAGGGAAUACCGAAAAUGGAGGAAUAACGCCAAGUGUAUCUCCGCAACAACCACAAACAAGCACACUGACAGAAUCACAAGAUUCUCCACCAGUGGCAGUCCAAGAAGCACAGGGAGAUGCCCCUGCUCAAAGCGUAGUUUCCGAGGACACGGAAGUAUUGCAUAUACUAAAACAUGUUAAAGACAAUAAGAUAAAAAUGAAUGUAGUUACAUACAAAUCGACUAGUUCCAUUACUAGUGAUUACAUUUGUUCAAGUUCGUAUGCAUAUGACCCUGAGAAAAAAAACGAAUGUGUUGAGUUUUGCGAAAAGAACUGGAAUUCAUGUGAGGGAAAAAUAUCACCUGGAUAUUGUUUAAUGCAAAUGAGAGGAAAGAAUGACUGUUUUUUCUGUUAUAUAUAA